AAUGUCUGGCCGGCUAUGAACGGCUAAGAAAAGCACUGCUAAACAGCACAGCAUUUAUCGAGACCUACUGUUCCUGUCAUUCGUGGCUUUAGGCCGAGAAAACAUCAAUAAUACGGCCUUUGAUCGCGAAUAUAGACGCGCUUUCGAGUCGAUGACACCUAAGGAUCAGGAGGGACUCACAGCCAUUGAUAAGCCGCCAUCCAUUGGCAUCAUAUUCUGUCGCCGUUUCUUCAAUGAGCUCCAACUCAGACCACAAUCGGACACUACUUUGCUCACCAACUCUAUGAACAACGAUGAAGUGAUGUCGGCCUGUGUGGACGCCAGCAAAGAGUCGGCCAUUAAAUUGAACUCAAGUCACAAGAAGUCCCACAAAAGCAAACACAAGAGGCAUAAGAAGGAGGAUUCAGGUCAUGACAAGUGCUCAAAGCAUUCGUCCAAACACUCGAAGAAGUCGAAGAAGGAUAAGAAGAAGGAGAAGAAGCCGAAGCCUGUUGUGUCCAAAUCGGACGAAGAGUUGGAGGAAUUGAUUAAACGGAAGAAGGAGUUGGAGGAGAAGCUGAGGGAAGAGGAGCUGAUGAACACCUGUGCCAACGAUUCCAAGACUAGUCACUCGACCACAAGAGGCAGCGAAUCAAAUGGCGACCAAUUGAAUGGUGUGAAUGUGAAUGGAUUCAUAGGUAAUGACUUAAAAGAUAACGAAUUGAGAGCUAAAGAGAAGCAGAAGAAUGCGUCGAAGAGUUCUCGAGAUGAGACACUUCUGGACUCCAACGACAGGAAAAGGAAAUCAAAUAACGAUUUAAACAAAAACGACAAACACUUGAAGUCGAGUGAGAAGUCUAUUAAAUGCGAAUCCAAACCGAAAAGCGUUUCCAAAGACAGCUCGAAGUCUAAGGAAAACCGAAACACAAGAGAGACCUCUAAUAGAGAUAAUAACAAAGAGGACAUGAGUUCAAAGGAUCCGAAGGUUAAGUCAACCGAAAGUUCAAAUACAGGCGACAAAAGACAACAUUCCGAAGACAAGCAUCACGUGAAGCGCAGCAGAAGUCGGUCCAGAGAUGACCGACAGAGACGUCAGACACCGGACAGGAGUGAUAGAAAUCGAUCGGAAAGAGUGGACAACCGGACUGAUCGGAACAAUCGAUUCGAUAGAUUUAAUGAUAGAGGAGGCGAUCACUGGAACCGAAGGAUUGAGUCAAAUAGGAGGUCACCUCAAGGUUGGGACAGAGAUAGGGGUCGGGAUAGGGAUCGAGAGCGCGAUCGGGAAAGGGAUCGACCCGUCCGGAGAAGUCGUGAGCGCGAGAGGGAUCGUGAGGACCGGUUCAGAGGUCAGGACAGGGAUAGAGAGCGACGCGAAGACGACAGAAAACGGUCGGCGAAGAGGAGCGCUUCGAAACAUUACGACAAGUAUUCAAAUGAAUCCAAACAAAUGAACCGAAAUAAUGAAGACUCGAGUUCUGACGAAUCGACGAAUAUUGACGUCGAUAUCAACGAAGACGAGAACGAAGAGCAAGAGAUUGAACGCCGAAGAAAACAGAGACAAGAAUUGAUGCAAAAACUGAGUACAGGUUUAGGCAAAUCCGGUGAUAACGAUGCCUCGAACUCUGGUUUCUCUUCGUAUCAAAACUCUCCGGUAAAAGAAGAAUCCGAUAAGAAUUCAGACAAACUGUCGGUCAGUCUCGUGGACGAAGACUCACGACUCGAGACGUUCGACGAGAUCUCCAAACGCUUAGAUGAGACCGAAGAAGAGCUUGAAAAUGAUACCGAUUUGGAGCCGACAUCUGAUGCGAAACCCGAGUCCAUCAAACGAAAACCGGUUGACAUGUUCUCAGAGACCGAUAUAUUUAGUGCUGAUUACAACUCCCCCUGCGAUCAAAACCACUUCAGAGCGUCUGGAGCUGAGAACCCGGCUCUCAAUGACAACUGGGAUGACGCUGAGGGCUAUUAUCGCAUAAGAAUUGGAGAAAUUCUUGACGGGAGGUAUUCAGUGUAUGGAUACACAGGACAGGGAGUGUUUAGUAAUGUGGUUCGCUGUCGCGAUAAGGCUCGGUCUCAACAAGACGUGGCCGUAAAGAUCAUCAGGAACAAUGAAACAAUGCACAAAACGGGUUUAAAGGAAUUAGAAUUUCUAAAAAAGCUCAACGAUUCCGACCCCGAAGACCGAUAUCAUUGUUUACGUUUGUUCAGACAUUUUUAUCAUAAAAAUCAUUUGUGUUUAGUCUUUGAGUCUCUUUCCAUGAAUUUGCGUGAAAUUCUCAAAAAGUAUGGAAAGGAUGUGGGACUCCAUAUAAAGGCUGUCCGCUCUUAUAGUCAUCAGUUAUUUAUGGCAUUAAAGCUCCUCAAGAGGUGUAAUAUAUUGCACGGAGACAUCAAACCCGACAACAUUUUGGUAACUGAAAAUAAAUUGGUUCUAAAAUUAUGUGAUUUUGGUUCUGCCGGUGAUGCCAAUGAGAACGACAUUACCCCCUAUUUAGUGAGCCGUUUCUAUCGCGCGCCCGAAAUAAUAUUGGGACACUCGUAUGAUUUCAAUAUAGACAUGUGGUCUGUGGGCUGUACUUUGUAUGAGUUAUAUUGUGGAAAAAUUAUGUUUUCCGGUAAAUCCAAUAAUCAAAUGCUUAAAUUUUUUAUGGACUUCAAGGGAAGAAUGAGUAACAAAUUCGUGAGGAAAGGCGCCUUUAAGGACCUGCACUUCGACGCAAACUGUAGUUUUCUCUAUCAAGAGGUCGAUAGAGUUACUGAAAAGGAGAAAAUAGUUGUCAUAUCAAACAUACAGCCCAUCCGAGACUUAAACACUGAACUCAUAGCCGGCCAGACAUUGGAUGAGACCGAACAGCGAAAGGUUUCCCAAUUGAAAGAUAUCUUAGAAAAGAUCCUAAUGUUAGACCCGAGCAAAAGGCUGACUAUAACCCAAGCACUCAGUCAU